CAGAUUUUGUAGUCCAUGUUUUUAAUUUAAGAUCCGAGUCAGCCCUCCUGACACCAUAUCUCUGGAGCUCGGACAACAAGUCGCUAUGAUUCCGCUGGCGAAGUCAUUUUUGACAAGCCCGAGGAUAUUUUCAGCAUGUUUACGACUUUACUCUUCCCUUAGCUCUGAAAUGAUUGAAAACAUGGACAAAAAAGCUACCUGGGACCGCUUCUAUGCUGAAGUCAGCCGCAAGACGUUCAAGAAUUUUGAGUGGUUCUUUGGCUUUGAAACAGUGCAAAACUUUAUCAUGCCUGUAUUACAGACCAUGGCCAGUCCCGAUGCCAGGCUGCAAGUCCUGGAUUUGGGCUGCGGCACUUCCGCUUUGGGUCCAUCUGUUUACCAGCGCUGUCCCGUGCCAGUUCGGGUCACGUGUGGGGACAUAUCUCCCGUGGCCGUACGGCUCUUGCGGGAGCACGUGCGAGCUGAAGCAGUCCGACCUGGCAACCAUUCUUCCCAGCUGGACUUUGUAGAGCUGGACUGUACGCAGCUGCAUAAACACUUUGGUCCCGCCAGUGUGGAUCUCAUUGUGGACAAAGGCACCACGGACGCCUUGUUGAAAUCCCAGGAAGGGAAAAGCAGCGCCGGCCUGGUGCUGAAGCAAUGUUUGAAAGUGCUGCGCCAUUCGGGGUCUCUGCUCCAGUUUUCCGACGAGGAUCCAGAUGCCAGGCUGGUAUGGCUGGAGACGAAAGCCCGGUCUGCACGUGUCGCAGUGCAGGAAGUGGGGGAAUGGAGAGGAGUAUGUUACUACUGCUAUCAGGUGACCCCCCCCCCCCCCCCCAUCACAACCGUGCAACACUGACUGAUCUUGGUUUUGCGGUGCAAAAAAUAAAUACAUAAAAAUAUCCGUUUCGCUAUGAAACGUUUCCGGGCGCGUUCUUGAUGGAAAUUCAUUGAUGCAAUCGUUGUUUUGAAGCUCUUUUACUGAGUUAGCACAGUUGCAAAGCAGACAAAUGAACACAAAUUUGAUUUAAAAAAAUAAAAGCACUUUGGGUCACUUCAAAAAUCUGCAAAGACGCUGUAUUUAAGACAAGGGGACGACCAAAUUAGCAUCAC